AUGUUCUAUAGUCAUGAAAUACUUACCUCUCCCGAGUACGGUGUCGCGACAAUAUGGCUAGUCGCAACUCUGGGCUCGAAGUCUGUUACCAGACGUCUGAACAGAAAGACUAUACUGGAUGUGGAUGUGCCUAAGGCGUGCGGCGCCAUCAUGGAGCCGGGGGCACCAAUGGCACUGAGGCUUCAGGGAAAUCUUCUAUAUGGGGUCUCAAGGGUCUACAGCCAUCAAUGCGGAUAUACGCUCACUGAUGUCCAAGCCAUGCAUGACAAAAUGAAAACAAUGCUGAAGACUCUACCGGGUGGUGGUUUGGACGCCUCCGCUGGAAAGGCUAGACCCGAGCAGCUUAUCUUGCCUUACGAUCCCUCCUUCCUGCCUGAUAGCCUCCCUGGGCUUAUCCUUGACCUCUCGAGCUUUGAUGCAUUGACCGAGGUCGACCCCAGCGCACCGACCUUCUUCAAUUGGCCGAAGACACCUAAUCUAAGCCAGUCGGUUGUUUCGCAGAACACAAGUGUGCAAUUGAGCUUGCCGUCGGAUGACAAUUACGCGGGAGGCUUAGGGGGUUUCGCCUCGGAUACCGAUACUCUUGGGUAUGGUCCGAGGAGCAUCGCCUCGGAAAGGCUCAGACCUCUCCCACUCGACGAAGAAGCGGGUGUGAUUCUUCAAGCUGAUUUCGAGUUCGAUGAGGACGGAAACAUUGUUGAGCUGGGGGCUACUCCGCCCGCUGGAGGUAUAUCACACAGUAUUGCACACAGCCACCACGAAAGGGGGAUUGCGAGUGAUCUUGGGGUCUGUGCUGAAGAAGACAUCAUUAUGGAAGAUCAGAUUAACAUGGUCGAGGACGGUUUCGAAAUGGGCGAGAGACCCGAGCAGAACACCCGAGGUGCUGCUCAUUUGCCGGCCAGAUCAACGCCUUUUCCCGACAUGGUCUUAGAUGAUGAUUCCACUUCAGAAGCGCAUGAAGUAUCAAUGGCUCAAAGACAAAGGGCCCCCAAGUUGAUACAACCGGAUGACCAGAUCGGGCUAAGAAACAGUGAACUAGCUCAUCUGAACCAGAACUUUGUGGACCUUAUGGUAAUAGCCUCGAACCAAAAGUCGAAGAACAAGCUUCCGACACUAUCGAAGAAGAACGCGGCCUUCUGGGUAUAUGGUCAGGGAAUCGGCUCUGUUGGGAAUGGAGUUGGCAAGUCUCAAGCCACGCAUCCAUUGCAUUUUUUCUCAGGGGAGCAACUUUACAACACUCUUACAGCGGCUGCUGCCAGUCUGAGUCCCAAGCGUGUUCAUGACUCCAUAGAAGAUGAGGGAGAAGAACAUAUCGGAAGACGUGUACGAGCUAGGAAUGAGGGUCAGCCGGAUGAUCUCUGGAAUCAGGAUGUUGAAAUAGGUCGCCACGCCUCAUCAGUACUCCAUGAUGAAGGCUCCUUUCAGAUGCCCUGGAACAUUACAGCCUCUAUACAUAGCUCUCGACAGGAAUCCAUUGCUCGCAACAUCCUUCCCGGUAUUGGAAGUGUUAGUGACUUUUCAUCACACGGCUUUUCUGACGCGGGUCUUUUGAGGCCACGCAGCCGCCUAACAAGCUCGAGCCCUCUUGCCGGACGUGGCUUUCCAUUCGAUAUCGAAGCACUUGACAAACUACAGCUCCCUGGUCACGAGCUGGAGGAUGUAAACAUGUUUGAGGACUUUGAUAUCUCUCAGUACCUGCACACCGAAGCGGAGGCAGAGCACGGUAGAGUCGACCGUAACAAUGCAGUCGAUGCUAUCGCGGCCGAACCUGGGCCUCCUUCUGCCAGCCUCCGAACCCACGGGGAUGACUCGCAGAGGUCCACUCUCGACCAGGAAAGUCUGAACUUCCUCGACUUCCUCACCGCCAAGAUUGCGGCACUGGCUCCUGUAGAUGAGGGAGAUGGUCGGGACCUGGUGCACCCAUCCUCAAGCUAUUUUAGUGGUAUCAAGCGAACAAUGCACUUUUCUUCGCUUCUUCCGCCCGCGAAGACAUCUCGCAUCGUGGCUACCCAAGGCCUAAUGCAUAUCCUUGCUCUGGCUACCAAAGGCCUACUCACGGUCCAUCAAGAUGAGGCACAGUACCUAGGUGGUGAAAAGUAUGGCGAACUCUACCUGUACGGCGAAAUCUGUCUCAGUUUGCCAGAGAUCUGA